AUGAUGGAUGUUGAGGUGAUGGAUGUUGUAUUAAAGAUGAUGGAUGUUGAGGUGAUGGAUGUUGUAUUAAAGAUGAUGGAUGUUGAGGUGAUGGAUGUUGUAUUAAAGGUGAUGGAUGUUGAGGUGAUGGAUGUUGUAUUAAAGAUGAUGGAUGUUGAGGUGAUGGAUGUUGUAUUAAAGAUGAUGGAUGUUGAGAUGAUGGAUGUUGUAUUAAAGAUGAUGGAUGUUGAGGUGAUGGAUGUUGUAUUAAAGGUGAUGGAUGUUGAGGUGAUGGAUGUUGUAUUAAAGAUGAUGGAUGUUGAGGUGAUGGAUGUUGUAUUAAAGAUGAUGGAUGUUGAGAUGAUGGAUGUUGUAUUAAAGAUGAUGGAUGUUGAGGUGAUGGAUGUUGUAUUAAAGAUGAUGGAUGUUGAGGUGAUGGAUGUUGUAUUAAAGAUGAUGGAUGUUGAGGUGAUGGAUGUUGUAUUAAAGGUGAUGGAUGUUGAGGUGAUGGAUGUUGUAUUAAAGAUGAUGGAUGUUGAGGUGAUGGAUGUUGUAUUAAAGAUGAUGGAUGUUGAGAUGAUGGAUGUUGUAUUAAAGAUGAUGGAUGUUGAGGUGAUGGAUGUUGUAUUAAAGGUGAUGGAUGUUGAGAUAAUGGAUGUGCGUACGCAAUACCGGUAUAACUAA